CGAUCUCAAUUGUUGAAUUAUUAUGUUUAUUCUUGUGCUACAAUGGAGUNAUCCCAGAGGGCAUUGAGGAGGAGAUGUACGAUGGCGUGGCUGUCUCUUUAAUCUGUUGAUUAUGCUUUAUUUAAUUAACUUUAAUGCUUAUUACGUUUUCGGGCAAGAUCCCAAGUUGUUUGACUUUAAAAAGGCUUCCGCAUUAUUUUAAAUUACUCCGAUGGAUUUUUAUAUGUAUUGAAAGAACAGAAUGAGUCAAGAAUUGACCCACGGUCAGUACGUUCCGGAGCCGGAGCACGUGAGCGUGCACACGGUGAACACCGAGGGUUCGAGUUUCACGCCUCCGGGUGAUGGAGGGCAACAACAGAAUCAACCUGAGCCAGCGGGACAGCCACCAGCUGUACCACCGCCAGUCGUACCACCUCUAGUGAUGCCACCGUUGGCGAUACCGCAGGUGGCCUACGAGCAGAUGUUCCCGGCCAUGAUGGCCCAUUAUAUGCAGCACAUGGCGCAGCUUAUGCCCAUGUUCCAGCCACCGCCACCACCACAGCCGCAGCCGCGCAUCGUUACCUUCAAGACGGUGAAGGAUAAUGGAGCGGAAGAGUUUCGAGGAGACAAGAUGGGGGAGCCCCAGAUCGCAUUGGAUUGGCUUGAGCAGAUGGACCGGGUACUCAAGAAUUUGAGAGUCCCAGAUACCGAUCGCUCGGAGUUGGCGUCACAGAUUUUCCGGAAGGGAGCAUAUGAUUGGUGGAAGCGCAUUGACCAAGAUCCACACACGCCCAAGCCAUGGACCUGGGAUCGCUUUGAUCGAGCCUUCACGAAGGAGUACGUCCCCACCCGGUACCGCGAGGAGAGGCGCGAUGAGUUCGUUGCGCUUAAGCAUGAGGGGAUGUCACUGCUUGAACUGAGACAGAAGUUCGACUACCUGUCCCAGUAUGCGACGAGUCUGGUCUCCACUCCGGAGGAUCGUUUGAAUGAGUUCGUCAAGAAGCUACGGCCGGACUUGAGGUCGUACGCCGCGCUGAUCACGACGACAGAUUUUAAAGCGGCGUAUGAUUUGAUUGUGAAGACGGAAAAGAGCUUGGACGAUCUGCAGGCAGCCAAGAAGGAGGAUCGAGCGACGAAAGACCCGCGACCCGCGGCCAGCACCGGGCCGAGCGGGAAGAGUUUUGGAUUCGGGGGAAAGAGGGCAUUUCAGGAGGCAUUGCCCGACAAACCCUAGCAGCGAGCCUGUUUU